CAGCCAUGGGGAAGCCGGCGAAGAAGGGAUGCGACUGGAAGCGCUUCCUGAGGAAUAAUUGGCUGCUACUCUCCACCGUGGCUGCGGUGGUGCUAGGGAUUGCCAUAGGCGUUUUGGUUCGAGAAUACAGCAAGCUCUCUAACCUGGAGAAAUUCUACUUUUCCUUUCCUGGAGAAAUUCUAAUGAGAAUGCUGAAACUCAUCGUUUUACCAUUAAUUAUAUCCAGCAUGAUUACAGGUGUCGCUGCACUGGAUUCCAACAUAUCUGGAAAAAUAGGUCUACGUGCUGUCGUAUAUUAUUUCUGUACCACUGUCAUUGCUGUAAUUUUAGGUAUCGUGCUGGUGGUGAGCAUCAAGCCUGGUGUCACCCAGAAAGUAAAUGAAAUUGACAGGACAGGCAGCAGCCCUGAAGUCAGUUCAGUGGAUGCCAUGUUAGACCUGAUCAGGAAUAUGUUCCCUGAGAACCUCGUCCAAGCCUGUUUUCAGCAGUACAAAACCACGCGUGAAGAGGUAAAACGUCCUGAUGAGCCGGGGACAAACAGGACGGAGGCGUCUGUCACAGCCAUCAUGACAACUGCCAUUUCCAAGAACAAAACAAAGGAAUACAAAGUCAUAGGCAUGUAUUCAGACGGCAUAAAUGUCCUGGGCUUGAUUGUCUUUUGCCUCGUCUUUGGAAUUGUCAUUGGAAAAAUGGGAGAAAGGGGACAGAUUCUGGUGGAUUUCUUCAAUGCUCUGAGUGAUGCAACCAUGAAAAUCGUUCAGAUCAUUAUGUGCUACAUGCCGGUUGGUAUUUUGUUCCUGAUUGCCGGGAAGAUCAUAGAAGUCGAAGACUGGGAAAUAUUCCGCAAGCUGGGCCUUUACAUGGCCACCGUCCUGAGUGGGCUUGCAAUCCACUCCAUUGUAAUUCUCCCACUGAUCUAUUUUCUAAUUGUACGAAAGAACCCUUUCCGAUUCGCCAUGGGAAUGGCCCAGGCUCUCCUGACAGCUGUCAUGAUCUCCUCCAGUUCAGCAACACUGCCAGUCACUUUCCGCUGUGCUGAAGAGAAGAACCGGGUGGACAAGAGGAUCACUAGAUUUGUGUUACCCGUUGGUGCUACAAUCAACAUGGAUGGGACUGCACUCUAUGAAGCAGUGGCAGCUGUGUUUAUUGCACAGUUGAAUGACUUGGACUUGAGCAUUGGGCAGAUUAUCACUAUCAGUGUCACGGCCACAGCCGCCAGCAUCGGAGCUGCCGGUGUGCCCCAGGCCGGCCUGGUGACCAUGGUGAUCGUGCUGAGUGCUGUGGGCCUGCCCGCUGAGGAUGUCACCCUCAUCAUCGCUGUUGACUGGCUCCUGGAUCGGUUCAGGACCAUGGUGAAUGUCCUCGGCGAUGCAUUCGGGACUGGCAUCGUGGAGAAGCUCUCUAAGAAGGAGCUGGAGCAGAUGGAUGUUUCAUCUGAGGUCAACAUCGUGAACCCCUUUGCCUUGGAAUCCACGACACUCGACAAUGAAGACUCGGACACCAAGAAGUCCUAUGUCAACGGAGGCUUUGCCGUCGACAAGUCCGACACCAUCUCAUUCACCCAGACCUCACAGUUCUAGGGCCGUGGCUCUGGAAAACUGGGAGUGGUGAAGGACCUCUCCAGGAGAGUCAUCUCUUAGCAAAUUCAAACAUUAAGUAAGGAAAAGAAAAA